AUGUCAGAUGUGCGAGGCCACCUUUGGAGGUCACACCGCGUGCCCUACCACUGCCCGAUUUGUAUCCAGACAUUUGUGUCUGCUACUGGGCGAGACGAACACAUUCUCAAACGCGAAUGCAGCUUAAAAGAAUACCCGACUUUCCUAGGUGUCACGCAGGACCAAGAGGAUCUCAUUCAACGCACUCAAGAUAUAUCAGGUGGCAAAUAUCAAUGGUUCGCGAUAUGGCGUAUUAUGUUCCCCAAACAGCACCGAAAGCCAAAGUCUGGGCUCUUGAACGACACGAUUGGUGCUGAGAUAUGUAACUUCAGAGCUUGGUAUAAGACUAGAGGAUUGGCUUGGAUCAGAAACUCUGUUGAAGAGCUCAAAGACUCAACUGGAUACAUUGAAGAAGUGGAAAAGUGUGCCACGGAACUUCGCUCGAUGGUGCUUAGCGAGGCUAUCAACACUUUCGUUGAUGAUAUUCUGAGGACUGCCCCCUAG